ACAAUAAAAGGAUGGUCCACAGUAGGCUUUCCCAGAGCUGGACAGACGAGGGCCACCCUGUGUUCUUCCCCCAAGCUGCAUGGAGAGUCUGCAUGCUGCUGAGUAACCUACACAUCUCAGCUUAUGGAAAUGAUGGUGGGCUCUUAUGUCUUGUGGCUGGCCUUGGCCUCCUGCAUUCUGACUCUGGCAUCUACAGAACAGCAAGGUGACAGAUACUUCACCAACAGUAGUUCCUAUGACCCCUGCCAGAAUUACACCCGCCUGGACGAACCCUCCCGAAGCACAGAGAACACGAGAGAAGGCCGGGUGUGUGACAGGGACAAGCAUGGCUGGUACCGCUUUGUGGGAGAUGGAGGAGUAAGGAUGCCAGAGACCUGUGUCCCAAUGUACCGCUGCCAGACAGAUGCUCCUAUGUGGCUGAAUGGGACCCACCCCACGCUUGGGGAGGGCAUUGUCACCCGCACCGCUUGUGCCCACUGGAGCGGCAACUGCUGUCUCUGGAAGACCCAGGUGCUGGUGAAGGCCUGCCCGGGCGAGUUCUAUGUAUACCAGCUGGAGGGCACCCCCAAGUGUAAUGUGAGAUACUGCACAGACCCCUCCACUGCAAAGGCCAAGUGUGAGAAGGCCUGCCGCCCGGAGGAGGAGUGCCGCUUUCUCAACGGCACAUGGGACUGUUUGUGCAGACAGGACCUCAACAGCUCUGAUGUUCACGGUUUGCAGCCUAAGCUGGACUGUGGGGCCAAGGAGAUCAAGGUGUCACUGGACAAGUGUCUGCUGGGAGGCCUAGGUUUUGGGGACAAGGUCAUUGCCUACCUGCGUGACGGGAACUGCAGCAGUACCAUGCAAAGACAGGACAGAAACUGGAUGUCUGUGACCAGCCCUACCCAGGCUAGGGCCUGCGGAAACAUCCUGGAGAGAAAUGGAACCCAUGCCAUCUACAAAAACACCUUCUCCUUGGUCAAUGCUUUCAUCAUCAGAGACACCAUCCUCAACAUCAAUUUCCAGUGUGCCUACCCACUGGACAUGAAAGUCAGCCUCCAAACUGCCCUGCAUCCCAUUGUAAGUUCUCUGAACAUCAGUGUGGACGGGGCAGGAGAGUUCACUGUCAGGAUGGCCCUGUUCCAAGACCCGAACUACACAUCUCCUUACGAAGGGGCUGCAGCUGUGCUGGCUGUUGAAUCUAUGCUCUAUGUGGGUGCCAUCUUGGAGAGAGGGGACACCUCCCGGUUUAACCUGUUGUUGAGGAACUGCUAUGCCACACCCACCAAAGACAAGAAUGACCCUGUAAAAUAUUUCAUUAUCAGAAACAGCUGUCCAAAUCAACGUGACUCCACCAUCCAUGUGGAGGAGAAUGGGGUGUCCUCAGAAAGUCGGUUCUCAGUUCAGAUGUUCAUGUUUGCUGGAAAUUAUGACCUAGUUUUUCUGCAUUGUGAGAUUCAUCUCUGCGAUUCCCUUAAUGAACAGUGCCAGCCGUCUUGCUCAAGAAGUCACCUCCGUAGCAAAGUAGUGGCUAUUAACCCAGCCCAGGUUCUAGAUUUGGGACCCAUCACUCGGAAAGGUGCUCCAUCUCUUGGUGUCACGAAUGGAACCCCCAGCACUGCAGGGUUCCUGGUGGCCUGGCCCAUGCUUCUCCUGCCUGUCCUUCUGGCUGGGCUGUUCUGAGACCUCAGCUGGGCACGUGGCCUUAAAGCUCGUGUUCUUCCCUCUGGCGAUGGCUUCCGGUUACCUUUUGGCUACGCUGGUUCUCUCUCUGAAUCACAUAGACAGUCUUGGUGUUCACACACUCCAGGACAGGCUAGAUUUUGGGAGACAGAAGAGUUUUUCCUUGUUCAACACUCUCUGUGCCUUUAUAUUCCUCUUUUUCUCACAGUGGGGGCUCUGUUGGCCUGGCCUGGCCUGACUUCCUCAUUUAUUAGCAGGAUCUCAAGGUCAGACUUGCUACAUGCCUCUGUGGCUCCAGCCUUUACUAGAAAUGUAGCAUGUCUAUAACUCCAGGGAAGAUGGGCUGUGUCACUGGGGGGAAGAGGAGGGGGAUGGGUUUGUAAAGAAGGCACUUCCCCACAGUUCCUUCCCAAGUACCCCUUGUUCUUACUGCUGAUGAAUUGAACAGACUGAUCCUUGCUUUCACCCGUGUCCUCUGAUAUAUUUCCAUCAUGAUCUCAACAGUCGCCAUGGGAAUAAUUGUAAAGGGUCCACUUUUGGAGACUCUACUCCAGAGAAGACUGGGUCCCAUUGCUCCUCUGUCCCCCACCAUGCCGUAGACAUGCUUUGACGUGCCUAGGGCUAAGCAAAAACCUACCCUGGGACCCAAAUGCUGGAGGGAUUUCUUGGUUUGGAUGCUGAGAUGCUGUCACUCCAGAGUACAACUCUAGCUCUGAAUAGUGGUGUGCUUAUGAAGUCCCAGCAGUCCCCAGGGUGUCGACCCUGCCAUGGGGAUAUAGCAGCAGUACCUGGGGGAUGAGUGAAGUCCCUUUCUUGAGACCUCUAAUGGGCUCUCACAAAACACUCCACAAAGAUACCACAAACAGAGAAGGCUUCCCUUUCCUGCAGCUACACACAGGGCCCCUCCAAGUUGGCCUCAGGGAAAAAUGAUCAGAUCAGGGCCAAGCCACGGGCAGGGUGGGGUGGAUGGAGCCUGUUUAUCUGCCAGGAGAAGACUUUCCAAAGUGCUCUCAAGUUCAGAGGUAGUGUGUUUGCAAGAAAUAGAAACCCAAUCCAAUCAAAUCAGGCAAAAGGAGAAUCAAUUAUAAGGAUACAAGAGCAAAAAGUCCAAGAACAGAAGAUACAACCUGGCUAUAUGAGAAAAACCACCAGAAACCAAAGUUUGUCUUUCCAUCGGCCAUUCUUCCUGAAACCACACAGCCUUUACAUCUUUGGGUGUCUCCUUUAUUCCCCCCUGUCCUGAAACUAGCUUUUCCUGUUCAUUUACCAUGUCUGAAUUAAAUAUGGACAUUGCAGCUUCACCUCACUUACUAAUUCAGGGACCACAGAGACCAACUAGCACUUGGUACCCUACAUCCAAAUUGUACCAGGGGUAAUGUGAUUUCCCUGUUUCAGUCAGAGUGCUUCCCUUGGUCCAAACAUCUGAGGCCAGGUGAGUGGUCUUAUCUAAUGCAAACAUAGCCAAGGGGGCUUACAAGAAGGGGCAGGUCUCAAACACAGGGCAGUGUUUCCUGGAUUGACAUCUCAAAAGGAUGUUACUACUAUAAUAGUGGCUUCUUUAAAGGGGAAUUUCUUGGGAGGAAUUGCUUCUGUUUCCCGGUAAUUCAGAGAAUUCAUAGGUACUACAUUUCAAGGGAGGAGGUGCACUGAGAAUGCACCUGAAAGAGAGGUCAGAAGGUCCUAACCUUUUCCUUUCUCUGAGGCUCAUCUUCUUCCUUCUGUAGAAUAAAAGGGCUGGGCUAGAACAAGAUUCUCUAACAUUUAGAGUGGAACUCUUUCUUUAAAUACAAAUCUACAUGAGCAUCCAAUAGGCAGACAUUAAAUGCUAAUAGACUCUUGUUGAUGUUAGGUAAGGGGCUUAACUCUCCUGUCUGUGAUUCCCUCUUCCUCUUUGAUUCUGGGCCAUCAAAGAAACUCCAUCAUAACCCACAGGGUUACCAAAGACAAAGUUCUGUAACUUCCUGGGACACAUCACCUCUAAUAACUCUUCCAGUGUAAAGUACAUGGGAUUCUACUUAACAAAAGUCAACCCUGGCUAUUUGUCUAUCUGUCUAUGAAUCUAGCUGGCUGGCUAGCUAGCUAUCACAAACUCUCCUACUCUACCUGCCCCCCAUAUAUCUACCUAUAUAUCUGUCAUCUGUCUAGCUAGUAACAGCUUUUUGUUUUCCACAAAUGGGUAUACUAAAUGAAUAACAAUC